AUGCUGCGUCGUAGUUUGUCUUUGUUUCUGCUGGGCUGGGCUGCGGGCAAGCGCGUUCAACAGGACGAUCCGUCUGCGAACUCCUUGGUUACAUCUUCAUCAGACCCUGAUUGCAUCACGACCGACAAUGUCACGAUACCAACUGUUCGCGAGGCCGAAUCUCUGAGGGAUGCUCUCGCCGAACUCCACCAGUCAUCUGCCGGCGACCUCUAUGGUAUCGGUCCGGCAGAAGAGCCCAUUGCAUCUCUUGCAAUUCGCUUCGCUAUGCUGGCGUAUGGUCGCAAUGAUGCCCACGGCUAUUCUGUGCGGGCUUACACUUUCGGGAACGAUACCGAAAUUUCAAUGCUCGAGUUCCAGUUCAAAAGCUGGUUUCAUGCCAGCGCCAGGGUUGAUGAUGCCGCACAUCUGGUGGCAUACCUGGUCAAAGUUGAAGGAGGGGUGGGUGUAGUUCUCUGCUACAAAGGAUCCACGAACAAAAAAGACUGGCAGGCAAACCUCAAGAGUGAGCCUGAAGCCUUGUUCCGCGACACUCGUUUGCUUUCCGAUCUCUUGAAGGGCGUGGAAGUUCAUCGUGGCUUCAUGCGGCAUAAACGCUCCGUGGACCUGCGUAUGAACAUGUUCAGCAUGGAGGCUGUGGAGAAGAUAUUGACCUCCUGGGGCGUCCCAGGAGUUUCAUUCCACCAGCCCUUCGCUAUGUUCCUUUACUCUGGUGUGUGGAAGUGGUGCGUAAGCAUCGGGCAUAGCUUGGGUGGUGCAAUGUCCGCCAUAUCUGCUCUGAACAUUGCUGUUCACAGCAGGAGUUCACAGGUGUACUCCGUUGUGCUGGGCUCCGCCAUACCGGGCAACCAAGGCUUUGUCGACGCCAUGCAGAAGUACGUGAAGCCGAGAGGGGGCUUGCGAAUCGAGAACGAAGGAGACAUGGUCACCUUCUUGGGCUACGGGAAUGUGCAAUGGUCGCGCAGUUCACGUGUCGUCCAUGGAAUCGGGUGGACGAUUCCGCACACUUGGCUUCGCUCGACAUUCAAGAAGAUGAAGAACCAUCUCAUUUUCGAUAUCGGGAACACUACAUUCCGACUUGAGACAGCAGCGGACAACUAUCACAGCCUUGAUGCUCAUCUUGGUCAGCUGUGGCACUACUACAACGAGACGGGCAUCUUGGUGACCGGAGAUGAUAUCGCCGAUCACAACCCUUAUUUCGGACACGAGGUCUGA